AUGGUCAUAGACCAAACCCUGCGGAAGGAAAUUAGGGGGCCCAAACCCUGCGUGACGCAAUACCUGGACGACACUCUGCUCUACUCCGACGACUUCGCAGAGCACCUUUCGGCGCUGGACAACGUUCUGACACAGCUGGAGGCCAUCGACCUUAAGCUUUUCAAGUGCCACUUCGGUGCCAGCGAAACGGAGCAUCUCGGGCACCUGACCCGGCGCAAUCAACUCUUGCCCACGCCGGAGAAGGUCCGCGCAAUCAGAGAUUGGUACGAACCGAUCAACCCUACGGAAAUCAAAAGUUUCCUAGAGAUGUUGGGCUACUACAGGAUCUCCGUUCCCAUGCAGGUUCCCACAGCUGGCAAAGCCGCUUACGAGUUGACGAAGAUCGGAGUCCCCUUUGACUGGGGUCCGCAUCAGGCGGAGAGCUUUAAGCUCCUCAAACAGGCCCUGAUUGAUGCGCAGGCAUUCACUCGGCCAGACUUCGCUAAGCCGUUCAAGCCGUUCCUUCCGGACACGGAUUAUAGCAAACUUGUACGGGUCGACCACAACCCCCUCGUAUGGCUCCACCAACAGACCGGACUCACAGGGCGCCUCGCCCGCUGGCAUUGUAAGCUGCUGGAGUUUAACUUCACAGUUAUCUCCCACCCGGGUCGGCUCCACUCAAAUGUGGACCCCCUCUCCCGCAACCUGGUGGCAACACUACUCUGGGACCAGGACGAAGACCCCGACGAGCUCCCCAGCUAUGCAACAUCGGAUUCCGAAUACCCACCCUCCCUCCCUCAGGUUUCUCUAUGCGAAGUACCCACGGAAACUCCGGCCUGGGCGCCCACGGUUUUGGAUCAAGAAAAAAUGGUGGAACAGCUGACAAGAGACAUGGAUAGGCAUCUUGGUUGGGACGCACAACAAAUCCUGGAGGCAGCAACACGCGAAGGUGAAGCGGAACUUCCGAAGACUAAGGGUUUCGAUGCCGACGUUCCGCAGGUCUUGAUCAGGCGCAGGAACUUUAUGCGCAACGGGGUACUGAAUACCCCUUUGGCAGAGAACACUCUGGUGGAAAGAGUGGCCAUAACAAUCCUCACCAGCUGCCCGACCGCGGACCCCGAGGGGGUACUAAGCGAGGCCAAAAAGGCCAUCCUGAACAUGCAGCAAGAUUGCAGGGAGAACGUGGUUGUAGCUGUACGAGAGAACCUCUUAGCCAGGGAGGGCCAGAAUCCUAGCGAGGGGAUUAAGGUCAACCCGGAUGAGGCCAGUGCUGCCUAG